GUUCCAAACUUGCGCUAUAACAAAAUUAUUAGAUUCUGUUAUUUUUAAAUAAAUGCGAUACACAAGGUUAUAAUAUCAUGUCUCGUAGUCCUUACGUCGGUAACGUACAUUAUGAGCCAAAGCCGGAUCGAGGCUAUCAGAAGAGAACAAACAUGAGUCAAAGGGAUGAAGUUCAAAAAUUCGAACAGGGCCGGAUUCGGGUCCUGCAGGAGGAGCGUCUGCACAUCCAGAAGAAAACGUUUACCAAAUGGAUGAACUCGUUUUUACAAAAGGCCCGAAUGGAGAUCGAAGACAUAUUCGUCGAUUUGGCGGACGGCAAAAAAUUGCUAAAACUUCUGGAAAUAAUAUCGGGCGAAAAAUUAGCGAGGCCGAACAGUGGGAAAAUGCGCGUGCACAAAAUCGAAAACGUUAACAAAAGCUUGGCAUUUUUGCACACGAAAGUCCGGCUGGAGAGCAUAGGAGCCGAAGACAUCGUAGAUGGAAACCCCCGGCUCAUCUUGGGUCUGAUCUGGACCAUCAUCCUCAGAUUCCAGAUCCAAGAAAUCGAAAUACCAGAGGAUGAAGACAACGAAAGCUCCGAAAAGAAAUCAGCAAAAGACGCCUUACUCUUAUGGGCCCAGCGCAAAACCCACGGUUACCAGGAGGUCCACGUUCACGACUUCUCCUCUUCGUGGAGGAGCGGUCUGGCUUUCAACGCUCUCAUCCACUCCCACAGGCCGGACCUCUUCGAAUACGAACCGUUGAGGAACAACAAGAACAUCGACAAUCUGAAUCACGCCUUCGACGUCGCCAGCAACGAGCUGGGCAUCCCCAGUUUGCUCGACGCCGAAGACAUCGACACCUCCAGGCCCGACGAGAAGAGUAUCAUGACGUACGUGGCUUCUUAUUACCACACCUUCGCGCGGAUGAAGCAAGAAGAGAAGUCCGGCAGAAGAAUAGCCAAGAUCAUCAAGCAGAUGAUUGAUUCGGAUAAAAUGAAAUUCACUUACGACAAACUGACGACCGAUCUACUGGAUUGGAUAAAAAACAAGAUAGUGGAAUUGGAAGACCGGCAAUUUCCGAAUUCUCUGGAAGGCAUACAACACCUGCUGCUCCAGUUCGGGUACUACCGUACGCAGGAGAAGCCGCCGAAGUACAAGGAACGCAGCGAAAUAGAGGCUCUGUUUUUCAAUUUAAAUAGUCAACUGAAAGAACUAAGGCAGCCCGCUUUCACUCCUUCGGACGGGAAGCUGGUGCAGGACAUAGAGAGGUCCUGGGACACGCUGGAGAAGGCCGAGCACCGGCGUGAAGUCGCCCUGCGAGAGGAGCUGAUGAGGCAGCAGAGAUUGGACCAGUUGAUGUACAAGUUCGAGAAAAAGAGCACUCUGCGCGAGGGCUAUUUAAUCGAAAUGAUUCAAGUUCUAUCUGACCCGCGUUACGGCUCAAAUUUAGUGCAAGUAGAUGCCACUCUCAAGAAACACGAAGCCAUCAGCGCCGAUAUAUUGGCCAGGGAAGAGCGCGUCCACGAUUUAUCGCAAAUGGCCAAAGAGCUAAUAAAAGAGAAUUACCGAAACGCCGAUCGAGUCAAGGAAAGGGAAAACGAAAUCAUUCAGCAAUGGCAACAACUUAAAGCUUUGCUUGAAAAGCACAAAAUUAAUCUCAACAAAAUGGGUAGCAUAAUGUCGCUGCUGCGCGAAAUCGACUCCACUUUGGCCACGAUCGAGCAGCUUAGAUUCGACAUGGCCUCCUCCGAUACGGGCAUGCAUCUCAUGGCUGUAGAGGAGCUGUUGCACAAGCACGCUUUGCAGGAGCUGCAAGUGACCGCUUUUGGAGAAACCGAAAGGAGAUUGAACAGAACCAGCGACCAGUUACCCAUCCAAAACGAAAAGGAACAGGAAGUUCUGAAGAAAAAGCUGGACGAAUUGAGCAAAGCCUACGAAACGUUAAAAAAAGUAAGCGCUGAAAGAAAAGCUUUACUAGAAGAAGCGCGAAACUUCUAUCAGUUCCUCCAAGACCAAGAGGACGAGGAAGCCUGGCUAAUAGAAAAGCAACGGAUAUGCCAAGCGGGCAUCAUGGCCAAAGACCUGCGGGGCGUCCUGUCGCUGCAACAAAAACACAAAGCCCUCAUGGACGAGAUAAAAACCCGAAAGAACAAAUUCAACCAGCUGGGCGCCACCAGCAAGCAGCUGAUACUCGACAACCACCCGAGGUCCGCGGAAAUCCAGCAGCACGUCGACAAGAGCAAGAAGAACUGGGAACUGCUGGAGAAGCUGGCCCAGCAGCGGGCCAAGCAAUUGCAAGACGCCGCCGAGGCCUAUCAAUUCUACGGCGACGCCAACGAGGCCGAUUCGUGGUUGCACGAGAAAUUGGCUCUAGUUAGUUCCAACGACUGCGGAAUCGACGAGCUCAGCGCCAAGGCUUUGCUUCAAAGGCACAAAGAUUUGGACGGGGAGAUUAACGCUUACAACGGGGAUAUUCAGAGUCUAAACAGCCAAGCGGACAGAUUGAUAUCUUCCGGUAUCUCCACGUUGGACUUGAACACCGAACCCGAAGUCAGCGAGCCCAUCGAAGACGUUCAGUACGAAUUCAGAAUGUUGCCGACGGAAGUGUGGGUGGAAGAACCUGUCGAAAAGACCGAAUACAAAGUCAUCACGGAAGAGAAGAAAGUACCGCAGGUGAAAGCCCUCUAUCCGUUCGACGAUCACGGCCUGAGCAUGCUCAAAGGCGAAAUCAUGUUUCUGCUGAACAAAAGCAACCCGGAUUGGUGGUGCGUGCGCAAAGCGGACGGUACCGAUGGCUUCGCUCCAGCUAAUUACGUCGUCGAAAUCGAGCCGAGGAUCAUCCACAUCAACAUCAGGAAACCCGAGGUGGUGAAGACCGUGCAGAAAGUGAAGAAGACCAAAAUGGUCAAGACGAAGGUUCCCGUGAAGCAGGUGAUGAAGCAAUUGAAUCGCGCUCCGAAGAGAAAACUAGACGACAGCGACAGCGUGCCAAAGAGACAGAAGAACAUUAACGAUUCCUACAAGCAACUUCAGGAAUUGUCUGCCAAGCGGCAAGCCCUUCUGUUGGACGCCGUUAAACUAUUCACCUUUUACAAAGAAUGCGACGAUUUCGAAAAAUGGAUCAAAGACAAGGAAAAGCUACUCGCCACCGACGAUCCGGCCGACAGCAUCGAUCAAGCCAAGAGAAAAUACGAGAAAUUCCUCACCGACCUCUCGGCGAGCCAAAAGCGCAUGGACGCCCUGGACGCCGACGUCGCGGCGUUCGAACGCCAAAACCACUCGCAAAUCGACAAAGUGAAGAUCAGACAGCGGCAGAUCCAAGCCGCCUGGCAGCACCUGAACCACCUCAAGGCCGACAAGGAGAAGAGCCUCGAGGGCGCCAGCUCGGUGGAAUUGUUCAACAAAGUGUGCGAAGAGGCCAAGGACUGGAUGCUGGAGAAGAUGGACCAGCUGGACACCGCCGUGCUGGGCCACGACUUGAAGACCAUACAGGCGUUGCAGCGGAAACACGACAACUUGGAGCGCGAGCUCGCCCCCAUCGGAGAGAAGGUCAACAAGGUCAAUCUGUUGGGGAAUUCCGUGCAGAGCGCCUAUCCGAACGAAAGAACCAACGUUAUCAAGCAGCAACAGGACAUCGACGAUCUUUGGAGGAAGGUUAAAGACAAGGCGUUGGAGAGGAGGACGAGAAUCGAAGAUGCCGUGGGCCAACAGAUAUUCACUAAUAGCUCCAAGCAUCUUUUGAAUUGGGUGGCCGACAUCAAGAAACAACUCAACGCUGAUAAUGUCGUAAGGGACGUCCAAACGGCCGAAGCUUUGCUUAAAGCCCAUCAGGAUUUGGCGCAAGAGAUCAAAGCGAAAGACGAUGAGUUUAAGCAAGUGACCGGCCUAGGUCGCAAACUCCUCAAAUCCAACUCGGACCUUCCCGAGGUCCAAAACACCAUCGACAGGCUGCUGGCAGAGCAAGCCGCCAUAGCCAGAGGCUGGAAAGAGAAGAACAUCUGGCUGCAACAAUGCCUGGAGUUGCAAAUGUUUAACAAAGAAGCCGAUAAUAUCGAUGCAGUCACUUCAGCCCAUCAAGCUUUCUUGGAAUUCGCCGAUCUUGGUAACUCUCUGGACGAGGUUGAGGCUUUGCAUAAACAACACAGGGCUUUCGCUAACACACUGGCAGCUCAAGAUGAUCGUUUGACCGCUUUCGCCAAAAAGGCUGACGCUCUAAUAGCUGAGCAGCAUUACGAUGCUCAAGGCAUCGAAGAUAGGCUCAAUCAGGUCCUGGACAAGCGACGAGCCGUCAAAGAGGCUUCCCAAAAACGAGCGGACGUGCUCGACGCCUCUAAAAACUACCAGGAAUUCUGCGCCGAAGUGUACGACUUGCGUGCCUGGAUGGCCGACAAGCUCAAGACCGCCUCCGACGAAAACUACAGGGACCUGUCGAAUUUAGAGCGAAAGAUACAGAAACACGAAGCGUUCGAAAGAGAAUUGAGGUCCAACGAGGGCCAAUUGAGGACCAUCUCUAAAUUGGGAGUGGCGUUGAUCGCUCAGGACAGCUACAAGAAGGACGAAGUCGCCAAAACGUUGCAGGAAUUGAACAGGGAAUGGCAACAUUUGGUCGACACUUCGUUGCAGAAGGGCAGGAAGUUGCGACAGGCCGUUACGCAGCACGAAUACAACAAGAGCAUCGACGAUGUUAAGACGAAACUGUCGGAGAUUGGCGAGCAUUUGAGCAGUAAGAACGUCGGUACUGAUUUGAGAUCAUGCCGGGAGUUGAUCAAACAGCACGAUUCCAUCGAAAACGAAUUGGCCACGUGCAGCUAUCGCAUCGACGAGCUGCAAAGCCAAAGUCAAAAUCUCAACGAGGAGGGCCACUUCGAUUCGAAGGCGAUCAGCCAGAACGUCGGCGACAUACAGCAGGCCAUGAAGGACCUGCACGCGCCCGCGAAGGACAGACGAGCCAUCCUGGAGGAGUCCCUCGAAUUCCACAAGUUCGGUUUCGCCAUCGACGCGGAACUGCAAUGGAUAAAGGAGCAUUUGCCGUUGGUGUCGUCGCACGAUUCGGUCCAGAACUUGCACCAAGCGCAGAAUUUGUACAAGAAGAAUAAGAAAUUGCAAGCCGAGAUCGUCGGCCAUCAGCCGGUCAUCGAUAAAACCCUGGAAGACGGUCAAGCGUUGAUUGAAAAGAACCAUCCGGAAAAUCAACAAAUUCAAAACCUUUGCGAUACAUUGCAAGACGCUUGGCAAGAUUUGAAAAACAAAGCGGACGAAAGGGCGCACGAAUUGAACUUGUCGCUGAAAGCCCAACAGUUCUUCUUCGAAAUAAACGAGGUGGAAUCCUGGCUUAAUGAAAAAGACAACGUUUUAUCUAGUACAGACUCAGGAAGAGAUAGAGACGCUGCCACGAAGUUGCUGUCAAAACAUAAGGCAUUGGAACUAGAAUUAGAUACUUACAAUAACAUAAUAUCGGAAAUGGGUCACGGCGCGCAAGCGAUGAUCAAAUCGGGUCAUCCGAAUUCGAAGCAAAUAGACGAGAGACAAGCGGGCGUCGAACAUCUGGCAAGGUCUAUACAAAGGAAAGCCAUUGCCAGACAACAGAAAUUGAUGGAAUCCCUUUUCCGGCACGAGUACUUCGUCGAAUCCGGAGAAUUGGAAAGCUGGAUAGCGGAAAAUCUGCAACAGGCGUCUUCCGAGGAUUACGGACAGGAUUACGAGCAUCUAUUGCAAUUACAAGCCAAAUUCAACGAUUUAAAGUUAAGAGUCGAAGGUGGCUCCGAAAGGUACAAACAAUGCGAAGAUUUGGCGCAGAAAUUACUAGCUAGUGAGAGCCCGUACAGUGCCGAAGUCAAAGAGAAGCAAUUUAAAUUAGAGGAAGCAUGGCACAACCUCCAGGAUCAGCUGAAUUCGAGAGAGGCGCGUUUAGAGGCGGCCGGCGAAAUCCACCGGUUCCACCGCGACGUCGCCGACGCCUUGCAGAGGAUCCAAGAGAAGAACGCCGCGCUCGGUACGCACCUCGGUCGCAACCUAAACGCGGCGCUGACGUUGCUGAGGAAACACGAAACGUUCGAAAACGAACUGGUAGUGCUGGAGAUUCAGCUCCAAGUGCUGGUAGAAGACGCCUCGAAAUUGCAAAACCUCUAUCCUACGAACAGGAGCAACAUCCAGCAACAGCAGGAAUUGGUCGUCGAGGCUUGGAACGAUCUGAAAGAGAGGGCCGAUCUGAGGAAAGAUCAACUGCAAGCCAGCGUCGAUCUCCAGAAGUUCCUGGCUCAGGUUAGAGAUCUCUCCAACUGGGCGAACGGGUUGAUUUUAACGAUGAACGCCGAAGAGAACAUCAAGAACGCGUCGAGAGUGCAAGUGGUCAAAAGCGAGCAUGAAGCGCUCAAGAGCGAGAUCGAAGCCAGAGAUGAAGAUUUCAAAGAAGUCGCUGAAAAUUUAACGGCUAUGGAACAAACGGGUCACUAUGCAGCGGCAGAGGCGGUGGAAAAAUACAAACAACUGAUGGAAGAGAAAGACAAACUUCUCACCACGUGGCAACUGAGAAAAAUCCACCUCGACCAACUCUGCGACCUUCUCAUCUUCCUCAGGGAAACCAAGCUGAUCGAGGACGCCACCAACGCCCAGGAAGCCGCUCUGAACCACGUGGAAAUCGGCGAAACCGUCGACGAAGUCAGCAACCAAUUGAAGAAACACGAGGAAUUCGAAAAGUUGCUGCAAGUGCAGGACAAAAACUUCGAAGCCUUGCUGGCGUCCGGCAACAAACUGCUCAAUCAAAACCACUUCGAGAGCCCGCAAAUCGCUCAGAGAUUGUCGGAGGUGCAGGCGAAGCGGAAGAAAGUCCAUCAGUUGAGCGACGCCAAGAAGAAACACCUCGCCAACGGCUUGCUGUACACGGAAUUCAUCAGAGACGUCGCCGAAACGCAAUUGUGGAUCGCCGAGAAAGAGAAGAAGCUGAGCGCCAUGAGCAAAUCCGAAGUGUCCGAUCUGGAGGAUAAGAUCAAGGUGUUGCAGAAACACCAAGCGCUGCAAGCCGAAGUCGUCGCCAAUUCCGGCAGAAUCCAGGAAAUCAAACACAACGGCGAAACGCUGAUAAGAAAGAACCACAAGGCCUCCCAAGACAUCGCCGAUCAACUGGCGGACCUGGAGCACGCUUGGAGGAGGCUAAACGAAGAAGUGGAUCUCAGAGGAAAGGGCUUGGAAGAAGCCCAAGACAUCCUCGAGUUCAACACCCAAUUGGACAAAAUCGAAUCGUGGAUCAGAGACAAAGAAGUGCUUUUGCAAGCCGGAGACACGGGAAAAGAUUACGAACAUUGCCAGUUGUUGCAACGCAAGUUGGACGACGUCGAUAGCGACAUGAAAAUCGACGAUACCAAAAUCAAAACCAUCACGUCCCUGUCUAACAAACUAGCGCCGCAAGGACACCCGCACGUCAGAGAAAGAGGCGACAACUUAAUCAAGAAGUGGCACUCGUUGCAAAAAGCCCUAAACGAUUACAGGAAGAAAUUAAACGCCGCAUCCGACAUACAUCUCUUCGACCGCGACGUUGCCGAUACUCUCGAUCGAAUCGCCGAAAAAUGCGCCAUCAUGGAAUCCACGGAGGUCGGUCGCAACCUAACAGCAGUCGAAGCACUCCAGAGGAAACAGGAAGCUUUAGAAAACGAAAUAUCCGCAGUCGAAAACAAAAUAGUGAACGUCCAUCAGAAGGACGCCUUACACCUCAGCACCAAAUACCCCCAGGCUACUCCUCAUUUGGAGGAAACGCUAGGCGUGCUGCAAGAGCAAAUGGAGAAACUCUCGGCGGCCAAAGCGACGCGAAGGGAUUUACUCCAAAAGGCGCUGGCCCAAGAAAAGUUUUUGACCGACGCCAAGCAACUGGAGCAAUGGGUGCUUGAAACCGUCAAGCGAAUGGAGUCCCAGGAGAAACCCAACAGCGUUGCCGACGCCGAGGUCCAAUUGGAGCUCCACAACGAGCUCAAAGCGGAGAUUAACGGCAGAGAUAAAACGUUCCAAGAACUAAUCCACUACGGCAAAAACUGUCCGGAGAAAGACGACCCUAAGAUCGUCGAAAACGUCGCCAAACUCGAGGAUUUGCAGAAGACCAUUCACGACGCGUGGGACGACAACAAGAACAACUUAACGCACUCAUUCGACGUGCAGAUAUUCAACGAGCAAGUCAACCAACUCAACAACUGGCUGGCCACUAAAGAAGCCUUCUUGAACAACGACGACGUCGGCGACACCCCCAGGGCCGUGGAAACCCUCCUGAGAAAGCACAACGACUUCGAAACCAUGCUCGAAAAUCAACUGGGCAGAAUCGACGAACUCGAAGCCGGAGCCAAAGGAAUCACAGCCGACCCCAAGAGAACUAACGAAGAAGUCACCAGCAAACUGGACGCGGUGCUCGCCAGGAAGGAUAAAUUGAUAACGAAAGCGAAACAACGAAAGGAUAUGUUAGAGAAAUCCAAAUCGUUGCAAGCUUUCUUGAGGAACGUGAACGACGUGGAGACUUGGUUGAACCAGAAACUCCAAACGGCAGCCGACGAGAAUUACAGGGAACCCAUCAACCUCCAAAACAAGAUUCAAAAGCACGCCACGUUCGAAGCCGAGGUCAUCGCCAGCGGCGAGAGGAUCCAAAACGUCGUGGAAGUGGGCAAGGAUCUCAUAGCGGCCGAUCACUACGCCGCCACCGAAAUAGGAAUCAGACUGGACGAGCUCGAAAACGACUGGAAGCACCUGCUGGAGCUCUCCACGCUCAAGCGCGACCGACUCAACGAGGCCUGCCAAGCGCUGCUCUUCAACCGAUCCUUGGACGAGUUCGAAACGUGGCUGACGGAGGUCGAGGGCCAGCUCAAAAUCUCCAGCGUCGAGAGCGAUCCGAGCUCCGCGCAGAACAUGCUCAAGAGGCUCGGCGUGCUGGAGAACGACAUUCAACAGCACGCGGAGAAUUGCGAGAUUAUCAACGAGGGGGCCGAGCAGUUCAAGAAGGGCGGGCACUUUCUGGCCGACGAAAUCGACGAAAGGGUGCAGAAGGCCAUAACGCGCUACCACGAGCUCAAAGAACCGCUGGAAGUCAAAAAGGAUCAGCUCGAACUGUCGUCCAAGUUGCAGCAGUUCGUGAGAGACGUCGCCGAGGAGCUGCAAUGGUUGAACGAUCGCGAACCUAUCGUUGCCUCGCAGGACUUGGGUCGGAAUUUAACGGCCGUUCAAAAUCUGCAGAAGAAGCAUCAAAUACUCGAAAGCGAACUAACGUCGAGAGGAACCAUCAUCGAAUCGUUGGUCGUCAGAGCGGAUCAAUUGAUUAGAGCGGGUCACCCGUCGGAGACGGUGAUCAAAACCAAAACCGAAGAACUCCAGGUUAAAUUGGAUCAAGUUAAGGAUCUGGCGAGCAUCCGGAGGCUCAGGCUGCAGGAUUCCCUCGAAGCUCAAGCGUUCUACCAAGACGUGUCGGAGGCAGCCGCUUGGAUCUCCGAGAAGAGACCGCUUCUCGCCACGAAAGAGGUGGGCAAAGACGAGGAUACAGCCAGAUCUCUGCAACGAAAACUGGAAUCGUUGAGCAUCGAAGUCAGAACAUUCCAAACGACUAUACAAAAAUUGGGCAAUGUAGCCGAUAUGCUCGUGGCUAGGAAUCACUUCGACGCGCACAAUAUUGAACAAGCAAAAAUGAAUUUGCAACGAGACUUCGGAGAACUGAGAAAAUUGGUAUCGGAAAGGGAAGUGCGGCUGGCCGAGGCCUUGCAGUAUUUCGGUUUCAUCAACGAAUGCAACGAAGUGCAGGACUGGAUGAAAGAGCAAAUGAACAAGGCCGAUUCCGAGGAGUACGGUAACGAUUUGGAGCACGUGGAAUUGCUCAUUCAGGCGUUCGACAGCUUCCACACGAGCCUAACAAACAGCGAACCCAGAAUACAACAGUGCAUCGAAAACGGGCACUUCAUAAUCGACGCUAAGAGCAGUUACAGUCCUGAUAUACAGCAAAAAAUUAUAGAGCUUCAGAAUUCUUGGGAGGAUCUUUUAGAGCUGGCGAAUGCCAGGAAAGAGGCUUUAGCGGGAGCCAAACAAGUGCAUCUUUUCGACCAGACCGCCGACGAAAUAAUAUCCUGGAUUAAAGAGAAAGAUACCGAUGUUAUUUAUGGAACAUACGUUCCAGAUGUUGAGGUUAUUGAAGAUAUGAUGCGCAAACACCAAGCCUUAGAAACUGAGAUAAAGGCCAUUAAAGAUAAGGUCGAUUUCGUGGAACUGGAAGGAGACCGAUUGAUCGCCGAAUUUCCCGACACGAGAGAACAUAUCGACGAUAAAAGAGAAGAUACAGUUAGUUCCCUCGAAGAUCUUCUGGCGAAAGUAGAGAGGCAAAAAUACUUCUUGCAGCAGAGCGAGCAAUUGCAAUCCUACUUCGAGGAGUACCAAGAUUUAUUAGCUUGGAUAAACGAAAUGCUGGCGAAAAUAACAGCGCCCGAUCUCCCACAAGAUUGCAACGAGGCGGAUCUCCUGCUGGUAAGACACAAUGAAUACAAGGCCGAAAUAAACAGCCGUCUGCCGGCUUUCAAGCAAUUCUACGAAACGGGCUUGGCCUUCAUAGAAAAAGGCCACGCUCUGUCCCAAGAAAUCGAAGACAAAAUCAGGAUACUCCAACAGAAGAUCGAUCUGUUAAACAACACGUGGGAGAAGAGGAACCUGAUAUACGAACAAAACCUGGAUCUCCAGCUGUUCAAACGGGAAGCGGCCACCCUGGAAAACUGGAUAGUGGUGCGCGAAGGCGUCGUGAAAGAUGGAAAAGUCGGAGACACCAUAGGUCAAGUUGAGGAGUUUAUUAGAAAGCAUCGCGACUUCGAAGAGACCAUCAAGGCGCAGGAGGAUCGAUUCAACGCCUUGAGGCGGCAGACUUUGGUCGAGGACGCGUUCGCUCAGCAAAAGAAGCAAGAGGCUCUGGCCAAGAAGGCGGAGAAAGAGCGGCUGGAACUGGAGCGAUUGGAACGGAUGAAAUUGAAGGAGAAGGCCAAAUACACGGAAAUGAGGCGACAGGAAACUAAAGAUUCACCAAGAUUUAGUAAUCUCUCGGACGACACCAGACCGAACUUGACCGUAGAGGAACCCAACGAUUCGACCAAUUCCGUAACCGAGAAUAAUAACAUAUCGAUCAGGAAAACCAAUUCGAUCGCUCACAUGUUCGACCGAGACAGGAUAAGGAGAGGCUCCGAUGUGUCCGUCAAACGAGCCGAAAGUAUGAAAGUCGCCGGAACAGCCAAGCCAGUAAAACGGACUCCAUCGUUUAAUACCAGACGACGUGGAUCAAUUCGAUCUAAAAAUGCAGAAUUAGUCCUGCCGCCGGUGGAAGCGGAAGCGUUCUUGGAGCGAAAGCAACUCCUGUUGCCGGGCCAGAAGCGAGCGACCAGCCGCAACUGGAAGAACUCCUACACCGUCCUCUGCGGGCAAUUGCUCUGCUUCUUCAAGCACAAGGACGACUUCGCGGCGAGCAAGGCGAACGCGCCGCCGCUCAACAUCCACAACGCCGCCUGCUCGGUGGCCGACGACUAUCAAAAGAGGAAGCACACCUUCCGGUUGACCGUCACCGACGGCUCGGAGUUCCUGUUCGCGUGCAACUCCGAAGUGGACAUGAUGGAUUGGAUCAACAAGAUCACGUUCCGGGCGAAGUUGCCGCCGGCGCACCAGCUGCAGAACUUCGAAGUGACUAAAGACCACAACGAGUUCGAGUUGAGCUCGCAGUCUAGCAGAACGUCGAGUCCGGAUGUGGGCGAUGUCGUGCUGAGGCACGAUCCGAAUCAUUCGACGAACGGAAGCGUGUCUUCGUCUAGUACUUCUUACAGACAUACUAUAGGAGGAGGAAGUCCACCGCCUUUACCGCCGAGGAUGAUAGACGUUCCGCUGGGAUACGAUUCGAAAACUCAAACAUCAGAAAGUAGUGGAAGUGUAUAUGAGGGUUACGAUAACUCGUCGAGACAGGAUUGGCACCAGAGGCCGCUGAGUUCGCCGGACUCGAAGGAUUCCAAAAACAUGUCGCACCGAAUUAGGGACUUGUUCGGCAGGAAGAAACGGAAUUCCCAAAUGUAAUUUAAUUUUCUUUGUUGAAAUGUAAAUAAUUUGCAAAUGUUUGUAACACGCAGAACCGUUGUUGACCAAAUCAAGAAGCCUUAUCCCAUGCAAUAUUCUGUAGCGUUUAAGUAUUAAAAGGAAUAUUGAACAAAGUACUUAUCACUCGUGCAAUUUCCGGUGUAGUAUACGUACUUUUGGAAUAUUUUUUUAGGAAUUAAGUGUACAAGAAUGUGUUGUUCUUGUAUUAAUUAUAUGUAUAUCGUUUUUGUAAUGAUUUAGGAAGCUCUUAAUAAUGUUAAAAUAUAUUUUACAUAUUAAAUGACAAAUUAUUGGACGUAAUAAUUUAUAUUAUCUAUAGUUAAAGUAAAUCUAAGGUAUUUUUUUUUUGUUAGUUUACUCAGUUUAUUGUUUUUGUAUUAAUUUAUGCGGUCUUGAAAGUUACCCUGCGACAUUAAGCAAAAAGACAAGACGUAUAUAAUAAAUGUGUAAUUUGUUAUUUUACUUUUAUUAAUUUUUAUUGUCUUUGAACAAACUCGCAUUAUGGUAAUCGUAAUUUAAUUGUAACAUUAAAUUUUGGUUGUGCUUAUAGUUUACAUUUUUUAGGUCCUUUGUUCUUUAUUUCAUUAUUUUUGAAUAUAUUUCAUGUUUUAUAUUUACGAUUAUGUCUUUUAUUGUAUUGAAAUAAAGUUGUACCUACAUUUUUGAUAA